CCGACAGCGUGGUCUGGGCCGUCAACGCGGGCGGCGAGGGCCAUGUGGAUGUGCACGGCAUCCACUUCCGCAAGGACCCGCUCGAGGGCCGGGUGGGCCGAGCUUCUGAUUAUGGCAUGAAGCUGCCAAUCUUGCGGUCCAAUGCAGAGGAUCAGAUUCUGUACCAGACUGAGCGUUACAAUGAAGAAACCUUUGGUUACGAGAUUCCCAUCAAGGAGGAGGGGGACUAUGUAUUGGUGCUGAAGUUUGCAGAGGUCUAUUUUGCACAGUCCCAGCAAAAGGUAUUUGAUGUGCGUUUGAACGGCCAUGUGGUGGUGAAGGAUUUGGAUAUCUUUGACCGAGUUGGGCACAGCACGGCUCACGAUGAGAUCAUUCCAAUGAGCAUCAAGAAGGGGAAGCUGAGUGUUCAGGGAGAGGUUUCCACAUUCACAGGGAAGCUCCAAAUUGAAUUUGUCAAGGGAUACUACGACAAUCCAAAAAUCUGUGCAUUAUACCUCCUGCAAGGAACAGUGGAUGAUUAUUUAUGCAAACCUGAAGACAACAUUUACAAUAUCGACUUCACCAGGUUCAAGAUCCGGGACCUUGAGACUGGGACAGUGCUCUUUGAAAUUGCCAAGCCAUCUGCCACAGAGCAAGAUGAAGAGGAGGACGAUGAUGGUGGAGAAUUGGACACCAGUGCAGGCCGCUUUGUUCGCUACCAGUUCACUCCAGCGUUCCUCCGUCUGCGGACCGUUGGUGCAACAGUGGAGUUCACAGUGGGAGACAAGCCAGUGUCAAACUUCCGAAUGAUCGAGAGGCAUUACUUCCAGGAUCGCUUGCUGAAGAACUUUGACUUUGACUUUGGCUUCUGCAUCCCCAGUAGCAGGAACACAUGUGAACACAUCUAUGAGUUCCCUCAGCUCUCAGAGGAUCUCAUCCGCCUGAUGGUUGAAAACCCCUAUGAGACCCGCUCGGACAGCUUCUACUUUGUGGACAACAAGCUGAUCAUGCACAACAAGGCUGACUAUGCCUACAAUGGGGGGCAGUAACCACUCCAUUCAGCCACACCGGAUGCUGUGCUACCGCUAACCAUUCCAGACGUGCAGGAGGGGCACAGGGCUGCUGUCUUGCAGCAAGGCCUUUUGCUGAACCUUUCCUCCUCCCAAAAGACUCAAACCAUGAAGCAAAGAAGGCUGAGGUGGCUCUCAUGGCAGUAAAGGCAAUCUCUGCAAUACUCCCCUGCCCAAAUUUUUAUGUACCUCACCUCUGUCUGUCUUUGUUUCUGAUGGUACCACAGUUAGUUAUGGAUCAGAGAUUAUACGGCUCUGUUUGAUGUUACUUUUUUUUAUAGAUAGGUCAUGCUCUUAGUGCUUCCGGUUUGUUCCAUUUAGUGAGCAGACUGCUCCUUCUAGAGAGUUGACAUCUGGGUAAGCUAUUUCUUGGGAUGCAAAUCUGCCCUGCUGAGGUAUCCAGUGAAGCCUGAAGGGCAGCUCUCUUCUAUGUUGGAUAGAUAAUCUCUUUGCUAUGUAGCAGGUCAUUGUGCGUGUGCAUGACUGAGACUGCCUUGGGGAUGCACCCCUACAUUUCCCAAGAGGAUUUAAAAAAAGGGAUGACUUCAGCUUUAAAUAGUGCAGGAAUCUUCCUCCUGUGUUCAGGGUCCUGAUCUACUUCUGGGAUUCCUUAGUUUGUUACAACUAUGUCUCUUACAAGGGACUUGAUCUGAGAUGUGAGAUCUGAGAAAAGGUGAGGUGAUUACUAAAUAGGUCACUGAAUCAGCCUGACAGCUUCCCUAUUCCUUGCGUUCUGAGCAGGUAUCAGCCUUAGUGCUGAGUUAGGCCUGCUGCCUUCACCUUUUCCUCCUUCCCUCUGCGUGUGAUGUCCUCUCCUGCUAUUUGUGGUGUGUACUCCCCCUUUAGAGGCUCGGGAAGGGGAAGGAUCUGGAUGGUCACCAGAGGAACAUGCUGCAUGGCAGGUAUUAUUAUCUUCCUAGUCUUCUGUCUUUAUAGAUAUAUAAACUUGAAAGACCUCACAGAGGUAUUAUAGUAAGAGACAAUGGUAUUACCAGCUCAGCUACUUCAUGGUGCUUAGGCUUGUGCUAGUGUUAAACUGGGUCUUCCUAGCUGCCAAAAUCAUCUCAUUCCGGCAGUGUUGUAAGGCAGUUGCUUGUUGUGACCCAGGAGUUAGAACUGACUUUGUUCUUAAAUCACAUGGAUUUGGGCCUUGGGCAGCCAUUUGCUUGUUUUGCUGGCUCAUUCAUAUUUGUGGUUUGGGAAAGGUCCAGUGACUUCUUCCUUCCCAAGAUAGUUACAAUGGCUGCUGUAGCAAUCAAGCCAAAGGAUAUGUCUCUGACCUGUGUUGCACCUGGUCUGAAAAGUAAUCUGUCAAGUAGUGGGGGAAAGGAGUCAUAUGUGCUCUGGGCAGCGAGGCCAGGGGUUUAUCUGUAUGCCAUGCAAAGUUAUCCUAACAAAUGAUUUUCUGUGGCUGACAGUACUCUAAUUUUGAGACUGGCAUUCUCUGUCCCCAGUCCUUUUGCUGGUCAGCCAGGCCUCUGGGUGUCUUAGACUUAGACCUUGUCAAGACCAAGUUGUUUAUUGGUACCAAUACUAUUUGCUUCCCAUCAGACAAUGUCUCCUGUCUACUAUAACAGGAGUGGGUUACUGGUUGUUGUGCUAAGCAACAGUCAAAGUAAACAGAAUAGUGAUUAAAGCACAAGUGUGGACGUUACUGCCAGGGGCCUAUUA